AUGACUCGCACUUGGGACUACGCUCCGAUUGCGCAUGCUUCGCGUCCACCUCCCACUACUGCCCAUCGCACUUCGUCAAGUUUGGCCAGCGACCCAAUAGGCUCCCCAGACCGGACUGCGGCACCAUUCCCUCGCUCGGGCUCGCCCGAGGACGACGCUCAUGACAAAAGCGUCAACCUGGCACAGAGUGCCCAGGAUAGCAUACGCACGAGCACACAUACCGUUCGCAGGAAGAAGAGCUCCUUCGACCUGCACGACAUCUUCUUAAACGGUGGCGUUUGCCAGUCGAAGCCGGCGCCAGCGCAGCGUUCUCCUACUGCCUAG